AUGAUUUCAGAAAUACUCUACUUGGUAAAGAAAGGAGGACAUAAUCAAGAACGUCCUACUCUUAGUGGAAAAGAUGAUUUGGAAACAAAUCCUGCUUUGCUUCAUCUCAUUCGUGACUGCUGGACAGAACGCCCUUCUGAGAGGCCGCCUAUCAACAUCGUGAAAUCGAAUUUGAAGAACAUGAACUCGAAUAGGAGUGGGAACCUGAUGGACUAUGUUUUCAACAUGCUUGAGCAGUACGCUUCUACGUUAGAAGGAGAGGUUGAGGACAGAACGAGGCAGUUGGCAGAGGAGCAAAAAAAGAGUGAUAUCCUGCUGUAUCGAAUGCUACCCAGGCAAGUCGCCGAAAAGUUGAAACUUGGUCAAUCUGUCGAGCCCGAAACAUUUGAAAGCGUGACUGUGUUUUUCUCGGACGUGGUUUCGUUCACAACCCUUGCUGCAAAGUGUAAUCCUAUGCAGGUGGAAACGAUAGGCGAUGGAUACCUCUGUGUAAGUGGACUCCCUCAUAGGAAUGGACAGCAGCACAUAAAAGAAAUAUGUAGCAUGUCACUCGGAUUCAUAAACAGCCUCAAGAGUUUUAGAAUACCUCACUUGCCUCAGCAAGGCGUUAACUUGAGGAUAGGAAUGCACACAGGUUCUGUAGUGACAGGCGUAGUGGGUCUGACUAUGCCCCGAUACUGUCUUUUCGGCGACACUGUGAAUACGGCUAGCAGAAUGGAAAGCAAUGGAAAGCGUUAG